GGGAAGCGCGCUCCUUGUGCGUCAUUUCCGGCGAGACCAGCGGCGACAACGGCAACAUGGCCCUGAACGGUGCUGAAGUCGACGAUUUCUCCUGGGAGCCCCCGACUGAGGCGGAGACGAAGGUGCUGCAGGCGCGACGGGAGCGGCAGGAUCGCAUCUCCCGGCUCAUGGGCGAUUACCUGCUGCGCGGGUACCGCAUGCUGGGCGAUACGUGCGCGGACUGCGGGACGAUCCUCCUCCAAGACAAACAGCGGAAAAUCUACUGCGUGGCUUGUCAGGAGCUCGAUUCAGACGUGGAUAAAGAUAAUCCGGCUCUGAAUGCCCAAGCUGCCCUCUCCCAAGCGCGGGAGCACCAGCUCGCCUCUGUCUCAGAGCUCCCCUCAGGCUCUCGUCCUGCCCCUCAGCCCCCAGUACCCCGGCCGGAGCACUGUGAGGGAGCUGCAGCAGGACUCAGGGCAGCCCAGGGACCGGCCCCUCCUGCUGUGCCUCCGAAUGCAGAUGUCGUGGCCUGCACACAGGCGGCCCUCCUGCAGAAGCUGACCUGGGCCUCUGCUGAGCUAGGAUCUAGCACCUCCCUGGAGACUAGCAUCCAGGUGUGUGGCCUUAUCCGGGCGUGUGCUGAGGCCCUGCACAGCUUACAGCAACUGCAGCACUAAGAGAUGCCCCUGAGAAAAACCCUCUAGAAAAACA